GGAAGGACAAUGCUACAGCCUGUGUCUUUGAAAAAAUUAGUCUUCAGUCAUGGUGAUGCCGCAUAGAUUUAAUAAUCAUCACCGGCCGUCUUUCGAUCCUUGACAUCGCUAUUUCAGAUUCAGUGUUCGCACGGACUCUCUCCGCCGGCAUUUCACCCUUGGCAGCAUCUAUUUCAGGGAUACAUUAUACCGUACUGUAGAUUAUAUUAAUAUACUGACCAGCUUUUGAUGCAGGCCGCUCUGACAGGCUACAUUGAUUUGGUUCUUUUUUAAUAGGCCAGUUAUCUCUGCAGCUGGGCCAUCCUGUUGCCUUCCGCUGAAUUUUGAAUGCUUCUCUGGAUGUGUGACCGUCUAGUGUUUUAUUUGGCCGCCGCAUGAAUUCUCCCACCGGAUCCUCGUCCGUGUACGCUGCUGUCCUCCUCCUCCUCCUCCUCUUCUUCCUCCUCCGGCCGAUUCUCACAGAGGGCACUACCCUCCUCCUCCUCCCUGCUGCUAAAGACAUUUUGAUCGUCCUCCCCGGUUCCCCCCACCCGGACUCGACCAUCACUUCUCCGCCUGCCUCCUCAUCCUCCUCCUCCACCACCACCGCCGCCGCCUCCUCCGUAACAUGUCGGGACAGUCUUUGACCGACCGGAUCGCCGCGGCGCAGCACAGCAUGACCGGCUCUGCCAUCAGCAAAGCCGUCUGCAAGGCCACGACGCAUGAAGUCAGCGGACCCAAGAAGAAACACCUUGACUACCUGAUCCACUGCACCAAUGAGCUGAACGUCAGCAUCCCCCACCUGGCAGACACACUGCUGGAGCGCACAACUAGCAACAGCUGGAUUGUGGUUUUCAAAGCGCUCAUCACCACACACCACCUCAUGAUGUACGGCAAUGAGAGACUGAUGCAGUACCUUGCCUCCAGGAAUACACUCUUCAACCUCAACAACUUUCUAGAUAAGGCUGCACUACAAGGGUAUAACAUGUCAACCUUCAUCAGACGCUACAGCCGCUACCUGAAUGAAAAAGCCAUGUCUUACAGACUAGCAGCAGUGGACUUCACAAAAAUGAAGAGAGGGGCUGAUGGUGUGAUGCGCACCAUGAACACAGAGAAGCUGAUUAAGACUUUGCCCAUCAUUCAGAACCAGCUGGAUGCACUGCUGGAUUUCCAGCCAAACUCCAACGAGCUGACGAACGGCGUGAUCAACACAGCUUUCAUGUUGCUGUUUAAAGACUCCAUACGGUUGUUUGCCGCUUAUAACGAAGGCGUCAUCAACAUGUUGGAGAAAUACUUUGACAUGAAGAAGAACCAGUGCAAAGAAGCUUUGGAGAUCUACAAGACCUUCCUCAACAGGAUGACCAAACUGUCCGAGUUUCUCAAAGUGGCGGAGCGAGUUGGGAUAGAUCAGGGCGACAGCCCCGAUCUCACACAGGCUCCCAGCUCUCUCCUGGAGGCUCUGGAGCAACAUCUAGCCUCGCUGGAAGGCAGGAAGCUCAAGGACCUCUCCACUGCCAGCAGAUCCAGCACCUUGUCCAGUGCAGUGUCGUCUCUCUCCAGCACGGGGAUCUCUCUCACCCGUAUGGAAGACAAGACAGAGGACAACCGACUGCAGCAACACAAGGAGGACGGUCAUAAAGUGAUCGACAUUCAGACGCCCAACGUGUCACCCAGCACCCAAUCGGUGGGCAGUGCCAACAGCAGUGGAGGGGCCACAGAUCUCUUCUCUAACUCACCUGUCGUACCCAUCAACAACCAUGUGCCAAACCUGACUAGUGAGCUGUUCACCCUGCAGCCUAACUUCACCCCCAUCCAGACCACACACACUGUGCCCAACAAUAACAAUGCCUGGGGAGGUGACUUGCUAAAGCCAUCCCCACCCACUCAAAUUCACAGUCCUGGAGCCCCGUUGCACUCUGGGAAGAUGUUGCCCAAUGAUUUGGACUCAUCUUUAGCCAACCUUGUUGGCAACCUGCAGUUUGGGGGGACGCCAGCUAAAAAGCCAGAGCUCCAGUGGAGUCAGCUCGUAGAGAAGAAGCCGACGGGGGGUAGUGGUUGGCAAUCGAAGGCCAUGUGCGCCAGUACCAACUGGACUCACACCACCCAUCCCAUGGCACCUGCACCCAUGCCAGUCCCUCAGAUGAAUGGGAUGAUCUAUACUGGCUAUGCUCCAGCACCAGUGGCUUUUCCUAUGACGACACCCCAAGUGCCUGUGUAUGGAAUGCUCCCUCCUCAGAUGAAUCAUCAGAUGGGGGGCGUUCCCAUGAUGCCCCCACAGCCUGUCAUGUAUAACCAGCCUGUCCUGAGACCCACCAAUCCUUUUGGACCCAUCCCAGGAACACAGAUGCACUUCAUGUAGGGAUGAUGUUGUAACCAUGGCAGCAAAGCUGAGAGAGAAGGCGAGAGGAAAGAGAUGGAGAGAAAGAGUCGACAGCGAACGCAAAUCCAGAACCAAAUCCAGCGCAGGAGAAAGAAAGAAGAGGGCAGAGAGGAAAAGGGAGGGGAGAGGGAGAAGGAGAGAGGACCAGAGGAUGGAUAGAAGUUGAAAUGCUGAUGUCAGUUUCCAUGUCACCUGACCCUCUAAAUCUCCUCUCCUCUCUCCGUGUGGCUACUGAUCUCUCUGUCUUUGAAUCUAUAGUGCUGGGGCACCAGAGGCUCUGCAUUAGUCCCACUCAUCCUCUGCUUGAUUUGCCAGUUCAAAUGGCAAUUACGACCUGUGAUGACACUAUGAAGACUGACAGCUCUGUGGAAGUGCAGAAGCUCUUUGGCCACUUCCCCCACCCCCUCAUACUGAUAAUUUCCUGUAUAAAGGCUUACCCGCAUCUCUCAACUGAAUCAAACUUGGACAUGCGUCUCUUUCUCUGAUUGGAUCGUUUGCUGGCACUUUACUCUAUGUGACCUUUGCCAAGGGUGUAUUUCUGUGUAGGUGAUUUUUAGCAUCUUGUUCAGAUUGGUUCCCGGUAACGUGUCAUCCAUCCAUCUCCCGAUGUCAGAAGUUAUUGAUUUCAAUGCGUGUGUGUAUGUGCGUGUGUGUGCUCCUGCUCCUUUUUCUACAUUUCAGCGUGCUGCAUCCACGCAUCCAUUUGAGUCUUUUUACGAGCCCCAUUUGUUCUUAAUUGCCAAUUUCACUCUGAGAAUCGGGCGUAAUACAAUUGACAUGCUUGUGUGAUUGUGGAUGGACGUGGAGCUGUGUAGGGUGUGUUACUGUGUGUUUCUCUUUUGGUACCUGAUGUCAUUAAUGUGUUGCCAGGUACCAAUGUGUUACUGCACUGGAACUAACUAAUGAAAGCACUGAGCCAGACCCAGGCAUCACAUUUGGAUGUAAACAAACCCCCACUACACACUGUGUGUUUUAUUUUUUUUGCCCUCUUCUACAGCCGUGCAAUAUCAUUGAACCUUAUUACAGUCUUAUCUGCCCGUCUGUAGCCUGGUUAGAAGCUUUUUCUGCUGUAGUGUUCCUGCGUGUCCACAUGAGAUUUCUGUACAGAACAUGUUUUUUUUUUUCCUGUUUGUUUUCUAACCUGUUCUGUUAACACCUGAACUGCUCUAAAAGUAGUGAAAAAUGCACUGAGAGCCACACAGAGGUGAGUUAACAUUAGGCGAUUCUCAAUCUAGCCGAUCAGAAAUGGUCUAACUCCCAACUGUAUGAUAUCCUCCCUGUCCUGAGCAUUUGUCCUGUCCAAAAUUAGUCUCCUGUCAAGUGCUUUUCACAUCCAGAAACACUGGAUAAGAGUAAUUACUGAAGCAGAAGUCUCACCUCCACUGGGAGGAUUUAAAGGCAACCACUGAGAAGGGGGUUAUUAAUGUAGAGUGAACGUUUAUGGACAGGACAGCUAAAGGUCAGUCAGAGACGUCAAAUGAACGACAGAGCAUUGGGAAGCAGCUGAGGGUAAUGUCUGUCGAUCACGACCCGAGCAAAACCUGCAGCGAUGGCGCAAAGAUUAAUUCGGACAGCCAGACACGGGGAGGCUCUAAUGAGACAUUAAAUGUUAAUGUGGAUUUUUGAGGAGAUCCAAGGUCAAGUUAGACCCACAGUCAGAUGAUAUAUAUAAAAAUAUAUAUAGCACAAACCUUCAAAGAGGGGACAAUGCUCUGCUGCACAAAAACCUAAAAUCAUUGCUGGGAUGUACAGUCGAAAGGGGCAAUAAUCGAUUGGGUAUGAAGUUGUUUUUUUAUUGAUUGUGUCUGUUCUAUGUACAUGUACUGUAUGUGUGUUUGUGUGCACAUGCCUUCCCAUAGAGAAACAAACAGGGUCAUGUUCCUCGGUUAGAGAUGGCAUAUCUCUAGCGAGACGGUAGCUCGUACUAACUUAGCAAUGAGUGUUAUUGUGCCCGUGUCUGUACAACACCACAUCAUUUUAAGGUGGCUCUAGGUUCACUCAUCUGCUGAAAAAUGCAAAAAAAAAACAAAACAAAAAAAAAAAAAACCCUGCAUCGUCAGAUCUGGAAUCUCAAAGUGAGUCUGAAGCAAACUUCUCCAGACAGCUGGAGCUGCACAGGCUGGUGAUUUCUAACAAAAACCAUCAGAGAAUCGCAACUGUAACUGCUGGCUGUGUAAAAAUCAGUCUCACCGCAGUUACAGCUCAACAACCAGCAGUGAGAUUUGUGCUAGAAAUCAUCACUGAGCAGGCAGAUAUUCUCUGAGAUUUCACUUUUGAAUGAACAUAAACACAAGAGGUCAGCUGAGAUUUGGAUAUUUCCUUUGGAAAACUGUUGUACCAUUGCUCCUUGUUGCAGUUAUUUGUCGUUCUCUGUCAGAUGAAUGAUCUCUUCAUUGUGCACUUCACUCCCACAACAGAGCUCGAUCCAUUCUGGGCCAACCUCUGACUGUUACUGUGUCCUCUGUAUAUAGGUAAUGCUGUUCAUGUGUUUUUAGACGUGCUCUCUCUGUAAAGUGAUCGAAGCCCCAUUGGAUGACGUACUGUACGUGGGACAAUUUAUUGCUGUAUCCGUGUUUGAAUGGUUGUAUUUUGAAGGUGUCAUCAU